UCUUUUUUUUUUUUUUUUUAUUCUGUUGUUGUUCAAUUUCAAUUACAAGACCAGCAGCAUCCAAUGCAACAGAGUCAAACUAGGGCACGACGGCGCCAAUUUCCUCAAACGGCUCCGACAGCUCAGACAGCUCAGAUCGCUCAGAUGGCUCAGAUUGCGAUUGUGGUCGUCGUGGCGCUGCUGACAGCCGUUGCGUCCACUGCACUUGCUGCGCCGCCGCCACCACCACCACACAACGCAGUACACAGUCAUCACGCAGGUCGUAGGGUGCUGCAGCAGCUGCAGAACGAGCACGCGCCAUCAACACUGUCCAGCCACAAUGAUGACCGAAACUCAGUCCGAGCGCUGCUGGCUGAUGCAGAGCAACCACUGCUGCAACCACCAGCAUCAAGGCGAAGACACAAUAAUGGCGUUGCUACUCACAAGCCGCAAAGUGCAGACGGCGACGGCGCGGCGGAUCAAGCUCACGCGACCGGCGGCCGACGUGGCGGUCCGUCCGACCACGAAAGCUCUCCACCAGCAGCAGAGUCGCUCUUCACGGCAUCGAACUGCAAGGUCGUCGGUGAAUGCGAAGAGUGCGCACGAUUCGAGGCGAGGCUCAAACCUUACUGUGUUCCGUGGGGGAACAAGCAACAGCUGGAGUGCUCGCUUGCGGAUAAUCCUCCGGCGACCGUUUACCAAAGUUGUCCGCGAUCCCUGGUGCCAGAACGUCGAGCGUUUUACAAGUUCUUUACCUUCAACCUUCUGUUUGGCAUGGCAGCGGCAGUAACCAUGUUCCUUCGAAGGCGCGCACUGGAUCGAAUUGCGCACGUGCGGUUGCAAAAGCAAAUCGGGGCAUAGCAGUGUUGGAAGCCACUUUGUCAAUAAAAGCCGCGUCAGUACUUUGA